UUCCUGUCUUGGCCACCAUCGUACAGAAAGUUGUCCCUACCUAAUUAAUGUACUCAACCAUCGCCUACCUGUGGAGUUUUCUGCUUCCUCACAAGGACUCUGUAGCCAAAUCUGAAAACCAGCUCUCCUCUCGGCUCUUUGUGGUGAUUUCCAGUCAUAAAAUUUCGCCACAGAAGUAGUUGAUUUCAGUUUGGUAUAGCUUCUGUUCGUGUGCUGUUUAGCAGUAAUCUUUUUCUUGAGUUCUUCGGUGCGAGAAGAUGAGCAGUCCGGCAGAUCCGCUUGACCAGGAACCCACCGCCAUCGAAUCCAUAUCGACAGAAGAAAAAAGAGCCGACCAGUGCGCCGCGGGGAUAGCUCAGAUGUCCGUCAAAGAGGCGCGGGCACUAUCGACGGUAGCUGAAGCAGAUGAGCUAGAUGCUUCUAAUGGCAGCACAGAGCAGCACGUCUCAACAGUAGUAGACGGAGAUCCUGGAUCGAAAUCAAGGACUCCAAAUGUGAUUGAUGUUGAAAGGGAAAAGAGCGGCUGGGUUCGACGUCACAGACACGGCGCAAUGCCUGAUGAAUGAGCCGCUAGUGCAGAAAGGAUUAGUGCACUGGAAUUAGCAUUUAGAGGAUUCGCUGAGAGGAAAUGAGAUGAAGUCGUAGUGCCUUCUAUGGGGUUGACAUUUGAUUCGCUAGGAGAGGCCUACGACUACUACAAUUUGUAUUCAUGGGAAUGCGGUUUCGGAAUCAGGUACGGGAAGAGUCGUACAAAUGUCAAAGGUGCUAAAAGCAUGCAAGAGCUGCUGUGCAACUGCGGGGGGAAACCAAAGAAGGUGAACUCUACCUCUUCCAGAACAGAGUGUCCAACGAUGAUUAGAUUGCUGAGAACUGAAGAUGAUGGCUGGUACAUAUGUGAGUACAAAGUCUCUCACAACCAUGAGAUGUUACACACAUGCGCCAAGAAACUCCACUUCCCUUCCCACCGACACAUAGACAAAUACACAAGAGAGCUGGUAUCUCAACUGCGUCAGAAUAAUGUCAACCUCAGCAAUGUUUACAGCAUAAUAGGGACAUUUUUUGGUCGCAUAGAGAAUGUUCCUUUCACCAAAAGAUGCAUGAGGACCUUGUGCGCGAAACUAAGCAGAGACCAAGCAGAUGGAGAUGUUAAGAAGACAAUGGAUUAUUUUGCUGAGCUGAAGCAGAGUGACCCUGAGUUCACUUAUACAGUUCGUGUAGACAAUGAGAGUACAGUUAGAACAUUGAUAUGGACAACUGGGAAGAGCAAAUUACAGUACCACUACUUUGGUGAUGUUGUUACAUUUGAUACUACCUACAGGACAAAUCUAUACAACAUGCCAUUCGGACUAUUUGUUGGGGUUAACAACCAUUUCCAGAGUGUUAUAUACGCUGGUGUACUUAUGCGUGAUGAGAAAGUAGAGAGCUUUAACUGGGUUUUUCAGAGUUUGUCAAGUUGAUGGGAGGGAAGAAACCAAUUACCAUUCUAACUGGUAAGUAAGUUGUCAAUUUGGUAAUAUUUUUUUUUGUAAAGAAAACUGGUUGGAUCUGAUAUUGACCAAUAUUAAUGUAAUAUUCACGGACCAAGCAAGAGCCAUGGAGCUAGCUAUCGAGCAAGUUUACCCAGAUGCAACACAUCGUUGGUGUAAGUGGCACGUUUUAAAGAAAGCAAAAGAAUCGCUCGGGACUUUGUACAACAAACGGAGUGAAUUCAGGGUUGAGUUCCACAAAUUAAUACAGGAAAUGUUGACUGAAGAAGAGUUUGAAAAACAAUAAAAAGAGUUGAUUGACAAAUAUUCACUGCAGAAGAAUACUUCCUCAUACAGACUUAUGAAAAGCGACAUAUGUGGGCGAAACCUUAUUUUGCACGGAAGUUUUGUGCCAGGAUGACUAGCACACAGCGUAGCGAAAGUGCGAAUCACAUGCUCAAGAACUACGUACCUCCAGGCUGCCCUAUGAAUCUUUUUGUGAAACAAUAUAGCAAGCUUCAAAUCGACAGAGACCAGGAAGAAGGUUUCCAAGAAAAACGUACUAGACUGGGAGGUGUUGUACUGAAGGCAAACAUUCCACUGGAGAAGCACGCAAGCAAAAUAUACACGAGGACAAUGUUUGAAAUGUUCUGUUCUUAUAUGUAUGCAGCUGGCUCAUACACUGUAUCGGAGAUAACACCGAAGAAAUUGUACAGAGCAACUCAUGUGAAUGCAGAGAAAAGAAGCAAGUACUGUAAGACUGAUUUUGAAAUAGAAAUAACUGAUGAUGGGGAAAAGUACAUAUGCCAAUGCGGACUAUUCGACCACAUGGGUAUGGUAUGUUGCCACAUAAUCAAGGUGAUGAUGGUAUUGGACGUUAAAAUGAUCCCGGCACACCAUGUCAUGAAACGAUGGACAAUAGAUGCACGUGACAUCCUACCUGACCAUCUUAAACAUUACCAGAAAGACAUGGGUCCUAUUGAAUCUCCAACAUACAGACACUCUGCUUUGUACAAUGCCACACUUGAGCUGGUUAGACUUGGCGACACAAAUGUUAAGAGUUACGAGUUCACUAUUAAUUACAUAAAGGAAGGAUUAUUGAAUGUGGCCCCUAUUUGCAAUAGGGGAGAUGGCAUGAGUGUGUUGGACAAAGCUUCAAGCGUUGCUAGGUCAAAUGCAACAAGCAAAAUCAGGGGAGAUAUGAGCAUGAACAUGCCAGCUGAUGCACAAGAAUUUUCAGAACUCCGUCACAUUCAUAUGGCAAAAUGCACAAGGUCUGAAAGUUCCUGCAUGAAUGGAGGUGAUGCUAACGAAGGUGAAAGUUCAGAGUCAAUGAACGAUGUAUUCUCACCUGAUAGAAGUCACCAUGAGUUAUCCGCACCACCUCCAAAGAGGUUGAAAGGCAGACCUACGACAGCAAGAGAGAAGGCGCCUUAUGAGAAGAAUGUUAAGAGAUCGAGAUUCUGCAGGAUUUGCAGGGGCGAAGGACACAAAUGCACAACAUGUCCAAUGAGAGGUGAUGCAUCGGUUAAACCGCGAAAACAAUCUACUUGCACAAAUUGUGGUGUAGCAGGGCAUCUACGGAAAAAUUGCGGCAAGAAGGCAGUGUUCAACUACAAGAUUGUUAUGGAAUGAAUCAUGAAGUGUUGAACCAGAAUAAUGAAAAAAGUACAUUGGCAUUUGCAACAUGUAUCUGCGAUGAAACAGUCUCUUUUGAAUAAUUCAUGUUGUUUGAGUGCAAAAUGGAAAACAGCAUAAUGAUUAGUUUCUUUUAUUGUACUGGUUCUUAGAUGCACCGUGUUUCUUAUAUUCAUUUCUUGCUUUUAGUAUAAAUUUAUAUUUA